AUGUAUCCCAAGCCGUAUAAUUUUAUUGUACUCCCUAGAUAUCGAUAUAAAAUUCAUCCCAUUCGAGUAUUAAAGCUUUUUGUGUUUCUGGCAAUUCUACUGAUAGGUUUAUCUAUUUUUGUUCUACCAAGGUUCUUGCCAAAGCCGGUAUCUAAAAUUCAACCAUUUCAAAGCACUCACACAUUUAUUCACUCUGCCUACUACUAUCCAAUUUCCAAGUCACUCGGAAGAAACGCAGUCGCCAUGGUAACCACUAUGAACAAGCGGACAGUUUCCAAAAUCACAAGACACACAAUCAACUUGAUAGGCACCAAUAGGACAUCAAGAUGGCUGAAGAAAGCUACUUUAACUACUGAACACGCGCUGGACGAUCGUUGUGACUACUCGCUAAUUUUAGCGCAGACCAACUUGCUGGAGAAUAUGAGGACACUGGAAAUUGAAGCCGAUGGGAUUUUGAUGCAGAUACCUAUGAAACGUCCAAAAUAUUCGGCUCCCAAGCCAGUGGUUUUCUGCGUUUCCCCACAGUUUGCUGCAGAGCAGUGGCAGACUUUUCUGGUGCAGUUGCAUGUUUCAAAGCGAUACGGAGCUCAUCUACAACUGUACGUGGUAUCUAUGGUAGAGUCCUACUUCAACUUGCUCAAGGAAUAUGAAAAACUGGGUCUUGUAUCCAUUGAACCUUGGCUCACAAUAAAAUUUCCUACAACAGAUGGACCAUAUUUGGAGCCAAAUCGUAAUGUGGAGCUCAGAAAUCAGGCAGCUGCACACACGGAUUGUAUUCUCAUGUAUAAGGAAGCUGUAAGCUUUAUUGGAGUUAUUGACAUGGAUGACAUACUCAUUCCAACAAAUGCCAACUCUUACUACGAGGAGUUCGAGAGGGAAUAUGCCGGAAGCUGGGAGAUUAGUGCACUGCAAUACCAGAAAUUCGACUUUCGAACUAUAAAAUCUGCAAAGCUUGAAGCUCAAAGUAUUUCGGAAAUUGUGAAAAAUGCGCGGAGGCUUCCCACAAAAGAUCAAGGGAAAUGCUUCUUCCGUCCAGAAAGAUUCAAUUCAUCUUGGUCCCAUUACUCCAGGAAUUCGGAUAAUCACGCAAUAUAUCUCACUCAAGACCAGGAGCACAGGAUUCAUUGGAGAAGGAAAGUGGGUCAGGCGAAUGGGAUAUUCCACAUGAAGAAAAUGACGAUGGUGAAUUUGGAGCAUGUCCCAGAAGGUGCCAUUCCCGUGAACCCUGGUGAUAAUAUUACAGAGUUGAUUAGUGAGCAGCAUUUGAAGGAAAUCAAUGAGGAUAUGAAAAGAAUGCUCACUCGCCCUGAAAUUGCAAACCUAUCCUCCAUCCUCCCCAAUGAUGACUUUUAUAUGAACAUCGUUUUCCAAUGCUACAACGAAUCCUUCUAUCACAUCCGUGACACGAAUUUCCUCUACAAUGACGUCACCUGCGUGAACGCCUUCAAUUGUGAACUUCCCCAACGAGAGAAUAUACCAUGUAUCCAUUCGGAUGCCACGUACCAUUCUGGACCAAAAAUGUGGCCUAUCACCUAUCACUAUGCAACUAAUUCGUUCUUCUCGAGGGAUAUCGGAUGUUAUCAGUGA